AUGGCCGACGACGAGAUCUCGCCCGCGGAACCGAGGGCGGAAAAUUCCAAUCGAGACGCGGAGACGACCCAGGCGGAUGACGGAGUGACGCGAGAACAGGCCCGAGAUAGCAAGGCUUUGCCUCCUCUGCCGGCGCGACCUCUCCCUCCGUCCCAUCAAGAAAAGACCCUCCUCCGGCAAUCCGCGCUCCCUCCACCGCGCGGGGUCCAUUUUGGCCCUCUACCGGUGGAACAGCCCCAGAUCCCCGUCCAAAACGAACCUCCAAACCGCCCCGGGUGGCGCAAGACGAAAUGGGGGUUUCUCCUGCUGUCCUUGCCUGUCUCCGCGACCAUUGUGGGCGUCGGCCUCGCGCUCGGCUACUUGAAUGCCCCGUACGCCCCGUGGCACGAGGACUCGCCGACUGAUUGGGGGUUUGGGUCCUCCGCUGCUGCCGCCGGCGUCUCGAUCAUCAUCGUUGUGGCCGAAUUUGCUGUGGCGCUUUGGUCUAAAUCCCGGCAGGGUAUGCAUCCGGGUGCGCUCGUCGCCGCGCACCUCAUCAUCACGCUGAUGGCUCUCUCCGCCGUGGUCAUAGUCAGCCUCUUCAUCAUAGACUAUGUGCCGAGUGACUGGUACGAUUAUCCCCGGGCCGAACGCAUCUCUUUGAGCAGCCAGACCGCAAUUUAUGGCCAAGUCUUACUCGGCUUCGACUGUGCUCUGCUCGUCAUCCACUUCUUUUUGUUCAUCGGCGCCUGUGUCGAUACCAAUCGCCUUUCGAACGCGAAGAAACAGGUGCUCGUCGUCAAUGUACCCGUCCCCGUUGGGCCCCAAUAUCCCGUCGGCCCAUACGGCUAUUACGGAGUGCCCCAGCCCUUCCCACCAGGCGCACAACCAGGACAUUACCCAUAUCCUCCAGUACAGGCACCCCCACAAGCCAGGGACGGCGCCUCACCCGCUGUGUCCCAACAAACGGCGAUGUACGGCGGAUACUACGAGCCCGCGCCCGCCCCCACGUCCGCACCGGUCCCUGCAACCCGAGCCGCCAGAUCUUCGCGGACCCCAGGGCAACGAGAAUCUUCAGCGCCUGCCGCUGCGUCGGCCUCCGGGUCUCAUCGACCGCAGGGCCAAACUACGUCUCCAGUUGAGCAACCGGCUCAGUCAACUGUCCCGCCAGCAGAAGCAUAG